CUCCCUGCCUCCUCCUCCUCCUCCUCCUCUUCCUCGCGCUUCUUUCCCUCCCCCGGAGGGAGCGGGACUAUCUGGGCCGGGCAGCAGCGCGGUCCCUGGGCAGGAAUGUCCCUGCUUGCCCAGAUAAUGUUAUUUAUAUCGCCACCGGCUGGCAGGGCGGAGGCUCCCAGCGCCACCCGGGCCCUCGCGGGGCUCCCCUUCGCCCGCGCCCCGCUGCCCUAGACAGACAGGGCCUUUUUCAUGUUAGCAAAAGGAAGAACAGCAGCAAAACAUCCAGAACAUGACAUCAGCAACCGAUUUUGAUCAUUUGGAGAUUCAGCAGCAGUACAGCCGGAUCAAUGCUCGCUGGGAUGCCUCUGACGAUGAGCUGGACAAUGACAACAGUUCUGCCAGGCUAUUUGAGAGAUCCCGGAUCAAAGCUCUGGCAGAUGAGCGGGAAGCCGUGCAGAAGAAAACCUUCACCAAAUGGGUGAACUCUCACCUGGCACGAGUAACCUGCCGUAUUUCUGAUCUUUACAUGGAUCUCCGAGAUGGACGGAUGCUAAUUAAACUGCUGGAGGUGCUUUCAGGAGAGCUGCUGCCCAAGCCCACCAAGGGGCGCAUGCGAAUCCACUGCCUGGAGAAUGUGGACAAGGCUCUGCAAUUCCUCAAGGAGCAGCGUGUACAUCUGGAGAACAUGGGAUCGCAUGACAUUGUUGAUGGCAACCACCGUUUGGUUCUGGGUCUCAUCUGGACUAUCAUCCUGCGUUUCCAAAUCCAAGACAUCAUUGUUCAGACUCAAGAGGGCCGGGAGACACGUUCUGCAAAGGAUGCGUUGCUACUCUGGUGUCAAAUGAAAACUGCAGGCUACCCUCAUGUUAAUGUCACCAAUUUCACCUCCAGCUGGAAGGAUGGCUUGGCUUUCAACGCCCUUAUUCAUAAGCACAGGCCUGAUCUUAUUGACUUUGAGAAAUUAAAGCACUCAAAUGCCAGGCACAACUUGGAACAUGCUUUCAGCGUGGCAGAGCGGCAACUUGGCAUCACCCAGCUUCUUGACCCAGAAGAUGUUUUCACAGAAAAUCCAGACGAGAAAUCCAUCAUUACUUAUGUAGUUGCUUUCUACCACUACUUUUCCAAAAUGAAGGUGCUUGCUGUGGAAGGAAAAAGAGUUGGGAAGGUAAUGGACCAUGCAAUAGAGACUGAGAAGAUGAUCGAUAAGUACAGUGGGUUGGCUUCAGACCUGCUGACAUGGAUAGAACAGACCAUUACCAUUCUCAAUAGCCGCAAGUUUGCUAAUUCUUUGGGAGGCGUGCAGCAGCAGCUCCAGUCCUUCAGUACAUACCGCACAGUGGAAAAACCACCCAAGUUUCAGGAGAAAGGGAACCUGGAAGUUCUGUUAUUCACCAUUCAGUCAAGAAUGCGAGCCAACAAUCAAAAAGUGUAUACACCUAAUGAAGGAAAACUAGUAUCUGACAUCAACAGGGCCUGGGAGAAACUGGAGAAGGCAGAGCAUGAGCGGGAGCUGGCACUGAGAAACGAACUUAUUAGGCAAGAAAAACUGGAGCAGCUUGCCCGACGUUUUGACCGCAAGGCAGCAAUGCGUGAGACAUGGCUGAGUGAAAACCAGCGCCUUGUUGCACAGGACAACUUUGGAAAUGACUUGCCAGCUGUGGAGGCAGCAAAGAAGAAACAUGAAGCUAUUGAAACUGACACAGCUGCCUAUAAGGAACGAGUCCAGGCCAUAGAAGACGUGGCCAAGGAGCUGGAGAUGGAGAAUUACCAUGACAUCAAGCGUAUAAAUGCUCGCAAAGACAACAUUUUGAGACUCUGGGAGUUCCUGCAAGAGCUACUUCAGGCGCGGCGUCGGAGGCUAGAGAUGAAUCUAACACUGCAGCAGCUCUUCCAAGACAUGUUGCACAGUAUUGACUGGAUAGAUGAGAUGAAAGUAAAACUCUUGUCUCCUGACUCUGGAAAGCACCUGUUGGAAGUGGAAGAUCUACUUCAGAAGCAUAAAUUGAUGGAGGCUGACAUGGCCAUCCAGGCUGAGAAGGUCCGUGGCGUUAGUGCAGCUGCACUUAAAUUUGCCAAUGGAGAUGGUUACCGACCUUGUGACCCAAAGAUGAUACGAGAUAGAGUAAACCACCUGGAAAUGUGCCACCGUGAGCUGAUGGCUUUGGCUGCUGAGAGGAAAGCUCGCCUGGAGCAGUCCAAGCGUCUUUGGAAGUUCUUUUGGGAACUAGAUGAAGCUGAAAGCUGGAUCAAAGAGAAAGAGCAUAUCUAUUCCUCCUUAGAUUAUGGGAAAGAUCUGACCAGCAUUCUUAUCCUGCAGAGGAAGCACAAGGCUUUUGAGGAUGAACUACGCGGCCUGGGAACCCACCUGCAGCAAACCAUCAAAGAGGGAGAAACCAUGAUUGCUCAGAGGCAUUUUGGGGCAUCCCAAAUCCGUACUAGAAUUGAGGAGGUCAAAGCUCUCUGGGCCCAGCUUCAGGAGCUGGCAGCUUUCCGGAAAAAAAACUUGCAGGAUGCUGAAAGCUUCUUCCAAUUCCAGGUAGAUGCAGAUGACCUGAUGGCCUGGUUACAGGAUGCUCAUCGCCUGGUGUCCAGUGAUGAUGUUGGACAUGAUGAAUAUUCCACUCUAGCCCUAGUUAAAAAACACAGAGACCUUUUAGAUGAGGUAGCAGAUAACAAGAGAGUCAUGGACAAUCUGAAUAGACAGGCCCAGAACUUCCCCACUGAGUUCCGGGACGUCCCAGGAUUUGAGAACCGAUUGAAGGCCAUUCAGACAGCAUAUAAUGAGGUUGUAUCUCUAGCAGAUCUGCGCAGACAGAAGCUACAGGAUGCUCUGGAUCUCUAUACAGUUUUCAGUGAGACUGAUGCAUGUGAACUUUGGAUGGGUGAGAAGGAGAAGUGGCUGGAGCAAAUGGAAAUUCCUGACACCUUGGAGGAUCUGGAUGUGGUACAGCACAGGUUUGAUAUUUUGGAGCAAGAAAUGAACAAUCUAGCAUCUCAGAUUGAUGGGGUCAAUCGAGCAGCCAUUGGUCUGAUAGAGAGUGGACAUCCUCGCAGUGGGAAAGUGAGGCAGUGCCAAGAACAUCUGAAUGCAAGAUGGAGAGUUUUCCAGGAGAUGGUUGCUCAGAGGCGGAAAGCUGUGGACUUUGCCCUUAGCCUCCACAAUUACUGUGUGGAUUGUGAAGAAACAAGGAAAUGGAUCCUAGAAAAAACCAAAGUCAUUGAAUCCACCCAGGACCUUGGUAAAAAUUUGGCAGGCAUGAUUGCUAUGCAGAGGAAGUUGUAUGGCAUUGAACGUGACCUAGCAGCCAUUCAGGCCCGCCUUGCAACUCUACAGAAAGAAGCACAUCGACUUGCUGAAGAACAGCCCGACUUAGCUGAUGAUGUCUACAGUCGAUUGACAGCUGUCACUGGAGUCUGGCUGGACCUUCAGAACACGCUGCAGAGUCAAGAGGCCUCCCUUGGAGAGGCCAGCAAGUUGCACAAGUUUUUGCAGGACUUAGAUGACUUCCAGGCAUGGCUGUUUAAGGCACAAAAAGCUGUUGCUUCAGAAGAGGUGCCCAAUUCCUUGGUAGAAGCCGAACACCUCCUGCAUCAGCACACUGCUGUUAAAGAAGAGAUUGAUCAACAUAGGGAUGAUUAUUGCAGUGUCAAAGAUAUAGGAACCAGAGUGACUCAAGGGCAAACAGAUGUGGAAUAUCAGCAACUGGAGCAACGGCUCCAGGGGAUGGAUACAGGCUGGAAUGCCUUGUGUAAAAUGUGGGAUAGCAGGGAGAAAUUCCUCAACCAGUGCCUUGGUUUCCAGGAAUUUCUUAAAGACGCAAAGCAAGCAGAAAUUGUCCUUACUAACCAGGAAUAUACUCUGGCUCACAUCGAGCCCCCGGACACCUUGGAAGCAUCCGAAGCUUCUAUCCGAAAAUAUGAAGAUUUUCUUGCUACAAUGGAAGCUAAUGAAGAAAAAAUUACUGGGUUGGUCAACAGUGGGAACAAGCUUGUGUUGGAAGGAAAUAUUUACUCUGAUAAAAUUAAAGAAAAAGUUCAUCUGAUACAAGAGAGAUACAAAACAAAUGUCACAAAAUCUCAGGAGGUGUUUGUUUUGCUGAAGGACAAUCAUGACCUGCGAAAUUUCUUGAGGAAUUGUCAGGAGCUUACUGUGUGGAUUGAAGAAAAGAUGCUAACUGCACAAGACAUAUCCUAUGAUGAAGCUCGGAAUUUGCACAGCAAAUGGCUGAAGCACCAAGCUUUUAUGGCAGAACUUGCCUCUAACCAAGCAUGGCUAGAUAAAGUAGAUGAGGAAGGGCAGCAGCUGGCAGAGCAGAAGCCCCAGUAUGAAGCUAUUGUUGGCCGAAGGCUAGCAGACCUACACGAACUGUGGGAUAAGCUGCAGGCCACAACAGAGGAGAAGGCCCAGCACCUGUUUGAUGCCAACCGCUCUGACCUUUACGCGCAGAGCUAUGCUGACCUUGGUGCAUGGAUCAGUGAGAUGGAGCAGCAGCUGAAAUCUGAUGCCCAGGGUAAAGAUCUCACUAGUGUCAACAUCCUGUUGAAGAACCUGAAACGACUGGAGGAACAAGUAAGUGUGAGAAAGAAAGAAAUGGAGGAUUUGUUAAGCCAGGCACCACCCACUAGAGGAGACUUGCAUGAAGUGGAUGGCAAGCAUGAGAUCAUUGAGAAGAGGUUCCAGGGUCUUCUGGAGCCACUGAGUAAGAAGAAGAAGGAACUGGAGGCAACUAAGGCUGGAUAUCAAUUGGAUCGGGAUCUGGCGGAUGAACUGCUCUGGGUACAAGAACGUCUCCCACUUGCUCAAUCCACCGACCAUGGCACAAACCUUCUGUCUGUACAGCUGCUCACAAAGAAAACGCAGACAUUACAGAAAGAAAUUGCUGGUCAUGCUCCACGCAUUGAGGAAGUCCUUCUUAGAGGGGAAGGCAUGCUGGCUGGAGCAGAUAGGGAUGAGGACUUCAAGGACACCGAAGAGCGCCUUAGGCAGCUGAAGGAGUCUUGGAGUAUUUUACAAGAGGAAACUCUACAGAGAUUGCACCGUAUGGAAGAAGCAAGUGAGGCUCAGAGAUAUUAUUUAGACGCUGGGGAAGCAGAAGCCUGGAUAAGUGAGCAGGAGCUAUACAUGGUGACCGAUGAAAAGCCAAAGGAUGAAGAGAGUGGUAUUGUGAUGCUGAAACGACAUCUCCGCCAGCAACGAUCCAUAGAUGACUAUGGGAAAAGCAUCAAGCAGCUGGCUGCCAGGGCUCAGAAACUGCUGUCUGCUGGCCACCCAGAAGGGGAGGAGAUCAUCCGGCUGCAGGGGCAAGUAGACAAACAGUAUGCAGGCUUGAAGGAUCUGGCUGAGGAACGCAGACGUAAGCUGGAGCACAUGUGCCAUCUAUUCAAGCUGAAACGAGAAGUUGAUGAUCUGGAGCAGUGGAUUGCAGAGAGAGAUGUAGUGGCCUCAUCCCCAGAAAUGGGGCAAGAUCUCGACCAUGUCACUGUGCUGCGAGAGAAGUUCCGUGACUUUGCUCGGGAAACAGGAAGCAUCGGGCAGGAGCGGGUGGACAGUGUCAAUCUCAUCAUUGAACAGCUGAUUGACGUUGGCCACCCGGAGGCUGCCACGAUUGCAGAAUGGAAAGACAGUCUGAAUGAGAGCUGGGCAGACCUGUUGGAACUGAUUGAUACCAGGAUGCAGUUGCUGGCUGCCUCCUUUGACUUGCACAAGUUCUUCUACGAUGGUGGUGAGAUCCUGGUUCUUAUUGAGGAGAAGCACAAGGAGUUACCUGAGGAAUUAGGCCGAGAUGUCAGCACAGCUGAAUCUUUCCACAGGAUGCACACAGCUUUUGAGCGAGAUAUCCAUUUAUUGGGAACGCAGGUCCAGCAUUUCCAGGAGGUAGCAGCACGCCUGCAGGCAGCCUAUGCAGGAGAGCAGGCAGUCGUUAUCCAGAAGCAGGAGCAUGAGGUGGUGAAGGCCUGGAAGGCGUUGCUUCAUGCCUGUGAGGGACGGCGGGGCCAGCUGGUUGAUACCGCAGAAAAGUUCCGCUUCUUCAGCAUGGUCCGUGACCUCAUAUCUUGGAUGGAGAGUGUCAUCCGUCAGAUUGAAACACAAGAGAAACCAAGGGAUGUUUCAUCUGUGGAACUACUAAUGAAAUACCACCAGAGCAUAAAGUCUGAGAUAGACACUAGGGAUAAAAGUUUCAUCACCUGCAUUGAUCUUGGCAAAGCACUGCUGCAUCGCAAACACCAUGCUGCAUCCGAGAUAAAAGAGAAGCUGAUGCAACUGACAGAGAAGAGGAGAGAGAUGUUGGAGAAAUGGGACAGGCGUUGGGACUGGCUUCGCUUGUUGCUAGAGGUAUGUCAGUUUUCCCGGGAUGCCUCAGUGGCCGAGGCCUGGCUCAUUGCCCAGGAGCCCUAUCUGUCCAGCGGUGAUUAUGGGCAAACUGUGGAUGGUGUGGAGAAACUGCUGAAAAGACAUGAAGCAUUUGAGAAAUCUACCGCUACAUGGGAGGAACGUUUUUCUGCACUGGAGCGCCUAACCACACUUGAAUUACUAGGGAAGAGAAAGAUUCCAGAAGAGUCUUCGCAGCACAAAGUACCUAGGACCACAGACCUGGAGUUUGACUUUGAACUAGAGCCAGAAUAUGAGACGGGGCCUAAAGAAGAGGGUGAGAAGCCAGAACUCAGCUUGAAAGAUGCCCUUUCCCAUGCUGCAGAAGACUCUUCAUUGCAGGUACAGGAAAAUGAGAAACCAAGUCAGGAAAUGGUUCCAGAACAGCUUCCUGAAGAAAAUAUACCUGAGACAGAGAUCACGGUGGAUAGUGAAGAAAUCUCCACAAAGGAAUCCCUGUUCAAAGUGGCCCAGACUCCUGUGAGCGAAAUAGAUGAGACAGCAACCCUUCCUGCACAGCUGGAUAGAUCUCACAGCGUUCAGCUUGAGGGUUACCUGGCACGGAAGCAUGACCUAGAAGCACCCAACAAGAGGGCUUCCAACAGGUCCUGGAAUACAUUAUACUGUGUGCUCAGGAACAGUGAGCUGACCUUCUUUAAGGAUGCCAAGAGCCUGGCCCUAGGUGUGCCUUACCACGGAGAGGAGCCUUUUCGGCUGAAGAAUGCCUUGUGUGAAGUUGCUGCAGAUUACAAGAAGAAAAAACAUGUCUUCAAGCUGAGACUCAGCAAUGGGAGUGAAUGGCUCUUCCAUGGAAAAGAUGAGGACGAGAUGCACACCUGGCUUCAGGGCUUCAGCACAGCAAUAAUUGAAUCCCAAAGCAUUAAAACCAAGGCCCAAAGCCUGCCUCUGCCUUCCAUCACUACCAUGGACGUCAACCUGACCAAGAAGGAAAAAGAGAAGAGAUUCAGCUUCUUUCCCAAAAAGAAAUAACCCAACAGGUGGCUUGCUGCAGUCAGAUGCCUCUGCUGUAUUGUGCAUAACAAAAACUGCAUGUGUGAGUGUCCUUGGACACUCCUGGUGCCACUCCACACUGUUCUCAUCCCCCCCUCCCCCAAACACAGCCUUGCUUCUUACUCCCCACCACAACCCCAUAAUCUCCUCCUAGGGCAUCAGGCCAUCAAUUCAAUUAGGAAAGCAAUGCCCCGGCCCCAAGACAACCGGUGCUCCCCAAAGAACAAUGAGAUGUGUAUCUUUGGGUGACUCCCUACCAAGACAGUGUGUGAUGCUUUGCAAACACUUUUCCAGGAGAGGACUGCUUCAGGCAAACGAUACUAUGUGGAUUUCAGGGACUUUGUGUGGAUAAAAAGAAUGGAACAAGGACCUAGGUAGCCCAAAAGGCACUUUAUAAAAACUGUGGAAAUUCGUUGUGUGGUUUUGGAGCAGUUUUCAUUCCUACAGAGCUGGAAAAUGCUCUGGCUCCAGAGCUUUACCAAAAGCCAUAGCUCUUGUAGGCUUGCCCAUGUUUUGUUGGAACAGAACUCUUCCAUGUAACUUCACAAUCACCUCUCUCUCCAAGGCAUAAACGAAGGGUCUGCCCCCCCCCCCCACACACACACAAGAA